CCCUGGCCCUAGAAACAACCACCACGACCACCACAAGCACUCCCUUUCUCUUGGUAACACCAUCGCUCUAACCUCCCAGAGUCACAGCAACAUCUACCAAACAGAAAUGGGCACCAUCUCUGUCCGCGACCAUAUCAAGUGGGGCACAGAUGAUCCCUCCGAGCCCACGUCGACCUUGGUCCUCACAUCACCUAGCCGCUGGUUUGUGGAUAUCAGGGUCCUGAAGACAGCUCUACCAGUCCCUACAGACGCGAGACAUGUGGUCCUUUCCGACCUCACGGACAAUCAGCUGGACUGGGCCUUUGGGGGCACGUCCUCAACCAGCCAGCUCACCCGCGAAAACGGCACCCAUGUCUCCCACUCCACGUUCCGCCACUGGGUCGACAGCCGCACUACGAGCCCAGAAGAGGUCGUCGAUGAGGGCGACAUGUUUGAACAGCCAUCUGGCUUGACUUUAGAGACAGGCCAUAUGGUAAAUCCUGCCACAGGGUAUGACACAGAGUACGAGGAGCUGUGGCGUGACGAACAGCCACAGCCCGUGCCGGGCUUGGCCAAGUGCAUCGUAUUGCGCGCACACGACGAUGCCAACGAGACGCGUGGCCUCUUUGUCUGUCUUGGACAGUAUGCGCAGGGCGUUAUUCGUAGGGGUCACAUCUUCACUGCUGAGAGAUGGAUAUGGAACAGCUCCGACUCCAAGUGGGAGAGGCAAUUACGCUGGGGCACCCACUCCACACCGACAUUGCGAGAUCUCGUCUGUAGCUUAGGGAAGACAUACGAAAAGAAUGACCGCGUCGAGACCUCAAGCGGAACGUGGACAGUCAUAGAGAAAGUCGACUAGGGCUCACUCUUGCCUCAUAGGAGGCAGCAUGAAGCGCAUCACAUGUCUCCUAGCUCUGUGGAAUCAAUCGGGUACGACAGAGAAAAUACCAUCAGCAGACAGAUCCAAAUAGUACCUAAAUCCACUAAAAAAAAAAGC